AUGUCAGAGAAGAGAGAUAUCCAAAUAUCCAAGGCGCUUAGUUAUUUACUUCGUCAUGGUGCAGCAAAGGAGAAACUACCAAUGGAUGAACAAGGUUAUGUUAAAUUAUCAACAAUUUUAUCGAAUAAUCGUAUAAAGACUCAUAGGGCAACAAAGCAAGAUAUUGAAAGAAUUGUGGAAACUAAUAACAAGAAAAGGUUCACAUUGAUUUCAAGAGAUGAUGGUAUUUAUAUCUGUGCUAAUCAAGGUCAUUCUUUGAAAACAAUCAAUAAUGAUAAUUUACAAAAAUUGGAGCCAAAAGAUUUCCCAUCACAAUUGAUUCAUGGUACAACAUUACCUAAACUGAAAUUAAUUUUAGAAUCUGGUGGAUUAUCCAAAAUGAAUAGAAAUCAUAUUCAUUUCACUUCAAAUUUAACAAAUGAUGAUGCAAAUGGUGUUGUGACAGGUAUUAGAUAUAAUUCCAACAUAUUAAUCUAUUUAGACAUCACCAAAUUACAAAACCAAGAUGAAAUCCAAUUCUACAAGAGCUUAAACGAUGUUUAUUUAACACCAGGAGAUUCAAAUGGUGUGUUAUCAAAAGAAUUUUUUUUUAAAAUUGUGGAUAGGAAAACUGGUCAAUCGGUUAUAUGA